AUGGCCGACGAGAACGGCCAGCUGCUUCCGGGCACUAUCCAGAUGUUCGUGCAAGGAGACAGUGGUGAUCUUCGUGAUCAGGAAUUGACAUUGACCCCCCCUCCGACGAACUCACCCAACGAUCCUCUGAACUGGUCUCCAUGGCGCAAGUAUUGGCAUGCUGGCUUGGUUCUCUUCAUCACGGCGCUUACGGCUGCAACAUCAAAUGACGCUGGGGCCGCUGGAGACGGCAUGAAGGACGAACUAGGCAUCAGCUACGGUGUGGCCAAUACUGCUGCUGGUGUAUUAUUCCUUGCGAUCGGCUACUGGACGCUCUUGGCCAGCCCAAUGCCGUGGCUCUAUGGACGAAGAAUCCAGUAUUUGAUAUGCAUCCUGUGGUCAAUCAUUGGAUCCAUAUGGUUUGCAAGGAUUCAGACUGUUCAGGACUCAAUUUGGAAUCAAAUGUUUGUUGGGGCUUCAGAAUCAUGUGCAGAGGCUUUGGCGCAGCUCUCCUUGUCAGACCUGUUCUUCCAGCAUCGGCGCGGUUUGGUCUUAGGUCUUUACAUCUUGGCCACGUCGAUUGGAACCUUCCUCGGUCCAUUGGUUGCUGGGUACAUUGCAAUCGACAACUGGCGCUGGGUUGGAUGGACGAGUGUCAUUAUAUCUGGGUGUACGCUCGUUGUCUUCUAUUUUGGAUUGGAAGAAACCUCGUUCCACCGUGAAGCCAUCCUGGGUCGCCAUGUAGGUGGCCGAGCUUCGCAGGUUCUUGAUGAAGAAAAGAAGACCGAAGCAGGACCAGAUGCCAGGAUAUCCACCGAGAGUCUAAACCAACCACCGGACCGGAAGAAAACGUAUCGCGAACGUAUUGCUCUUAUUACCCCAGCUCCAAACAUGUAUGGAUGGGGCAUCCAGCAGUACUUCCAGCGUUUAUACUAUACGCUUCGCGUGUUUAUGUUCCCUGCAGUCCUGUACUCAGGCCUCCAAUGGGGCGCUCAAGACGCUUGGCUAACAUUCUACUUGACUGUAGAGGAGGAUAAUUACUAUGACCCACCGUGGAACUACUCAAACCAAGCGGUUGCCAUAAUGAACAUUCCAACUCUCAUUGGAGCCGUCAUUGGAUGUAUCUAUGGUGGUUGGUUCUCAGACGUUUUCGUCCGUUGGAUGGCCAAGCGACCAGGUCGAAAUGGCAUCUCGGAAGCUGAAGAUCGCCUUUGGCUACUCCUGGCUUCAGCAGUCAUCAAUCCCGCAGGUUUGAUGUUGUUCGGAAUUGGAUCAGCUAAGGACUGGAGCUGGCCGGGCCCCUACAUAGGCCUUGCCAUGACCGGGUUUGGAUUUGGUUGCGCUGGGGAUCUUUCCAUGGCGUAUCUCAUGGAUGCUUAUCCGGAUAUGGUCCUUGAAGGUAUGGUUGGCGUUGCUGUCAUCAACAACAGCUUGGCUUGCAUUUUUACUUUCACAUGCAGUUAUUGGAUCGACGCUAGCGGCCUGGCUGGAACUUUUAUCGGCAUUGGUGUUCUUUCGUUCGCUUUCCAGAUGACGACCGUGCCAAUGAUGAUCUGGGGCAAGACGUUCAGGAGGUGGACUUACCAGAAGUACCAGCGAUUUCUGUAUCUGCGUGACGGAGAGCAAUGA